CUGAUUCAUCUGCUUGUCGCCAGUUCUGCAGUCUCUUAAGCGCUUUUCUGGUUCGCCCUCCCUCUCAUCUCAAAAAAGAAAAAUGUUCCAAAGUAUUUAUAGGUCAGAUCCUACAAGAGUUCUCAGUAAAUUAAGAAUAAUUAAAAACUUGAUUAUGAUAUCAUUAUCAUUUUUGUUUCUUAAAACUGGUGAUGAAGGACUCAUUAUGCUACAGACUACAAUGAAUAAAGAAGAAGGAAUAGGAACCAUUUCUAUGGCUGUAACCUUCGUCAGUUAUGGAUUAACAUCACUGUUGUUUUCCAGUUUUAUUGUCAAGAAAAUGGGCUCGAAGUAUUCUCUGCUCUUGGGUAUUACGUCGUGUUUGCCUUUCAUUGCCUCCAAUUUUUACCCGACAUGGAUUACCUUGCUACCAGCCACCAUUUUUAGAGGCUUAGGUAAUUCUUUGCUUUGGGCAUCGCAGGGCACAUAUUUUAAUGAAUCUUCUGUCUUGUUUUGUAAACUUAAGAAUGAUAGGAAAAAAUUCAAAUGUACAUGCCGAACCAAAUUAUGAAAAUGUUGGUAUUAAUAAACAGGCCGCUACGUUUGAAUCAGAUGGACAUAAAAUAGAACAGCUCUCAGCAUCUGAUCUACUGAAGGAAAAAGAUAACAGUCCGGAUUCAAACCGAAGCAGUACCAUGCACCAUCUAGAUACCUCAUCUAUUAGACUUACUGAUUGCAGAUAUGAGAAUAGUCUUUCUGAAAAUAAAUUAUUUCCGAAGGUAAAGAAUACAGAAACAAAGAGGAACAACAAGGACAAUAACUUGAAACUGUUUAAUGAUUCGGUAAUUUCUAAAGACAAAGAAAAUGAUGCCAAAGAAAGAAACGAAGAAAUGUUUGUAGAUACUAUUUCCGAGAAAAUUAAUGACAGUCAAGAGACAGCGAAAUACCAGUCUUAUGCUGAUUCAACUAAGGCACUCUUUUUCGGCUUUCAUGGUAUGGUAUAUCAUUGUGCAACUGUCUUCAGUAGUUUAAUCAGUUAUUAUGUUCUCAAAACAGGUGACAAAGAGUAUAUCAAUAGCACUUCAAAUUAUUCAUGUGGAGCAAGCUUUUGUAGUGCAAAUGAAGAAGAUUCUAAUAACAUCAUAGCUGAUGUGCCGGAUGGUACACGACAUUUAUUAAUUGGUGUAUGUAUAACAUGUGGUAUUAUAGCUCCGUUGUUAGUUUUGCUGUUUUUGGACCGAAUUGCUAAAAGGACACGAAGUGCGAAAUUCUCAUGGCACCAUCUCUUUGCAACUAUUAAGUACAUUAAGAAGAAAAACCAGCUUCUUCUGAUACCGUUUACCAUAGGCGCUUCACUUUGUAGGGGAUUUUACAUGGCUGAUUUUACAAAGUCUUAUAUUGCAUGUGCCUGGAGUAUAUCCCACAUCGGAUUGAUCACCAUCAUCUAUGGAAUCACAUCUGCUUUGUCAUCUUUGUUUUCUGGCGUGGUAAUCAAAUACGCCGGGAGAAGAUUCGUUAUGGUUCUGUGCCAUAUCAUCACCAUUGCAAACCUGGUCUUCCUCUAUUUCUGGAACCCAAACGCACAGCAGCCAUACAUAUUUUACAUACAAGGUGGCAUCUUCGGUAUGAUCGCAGGCAUAUUCAACUCACAAACUAAAGCUUUUUAUGGUAUUCUCUUUGAAGGUGAUGAAGAAACGGCCUUUUCGAGUUGCAAUUUGUACACUUCGAUUGGAUGGGCCGUGCCUUUCAUAUACAAUGAUUUCUUUUGCGUUUCUGUGAAAAUAUACAUUGUCCUUGCAUUUUCUUGUACAGGACUCCUUGGAAUCUACUUAUUUGAAUAA